AAUAGGGGACCUAGAGUAGGUUUCCUUGGGAGGAUUACGUACAAGCAAACAGUUGAAGGAGGCAAAAUUAUUCAUCGUGAGUGUAGCUUGAGGUGGAGGGAACAGCCAGUACAAAGGCCCUAAAAUGGAAAUGUGCCUAAAAAGGAAGAGAAAGGUCUGUGUGACUGAAGAGUGUUGAAUGAGGGGGAGAAUAGUAGGAGAGGUAAUAACACACCCUAUAGACUUAUAUGCCAUUGUAAGGGCUUAAGCUUUUAUUUUGAAUGAACAAGAGAGAUUCAAAAGGCACAUUCUUUAGGGCCUUUUAUGCUACUCUUUAUUUUGAGUAAGAUGGACCCAUUGAGGGGUUUUAAGCAGAGAGAUGAAAUAAUCCAACUUAAGUUUUAAAUGGCCUACUCUGUUGUAUUGAGAAGAGGCAGGCGGAAGGCAAGGAUAGAAACAGGAGACCAGCUGGACGGCUAACGUAAUACUGUAGGGCAAUGCAGACGAUGGUGGCUUGGGACAAGAUAGUGGCAGUGGAGGUUGUAUUCUGGAUAUAUUAUCAUUUUCAGUUUGUCUUCCCCUGCUCCCUCAUCUCCCAUAGAUACCUCAGAUUCUCAGUGAUUCCUUCUUUUUGCUUUGGUCACAUUCCUCUCUUUUCUCCUCCCUUCAUCGAAUAUGCAGGAAAAUAAGGUAUGGGAUCACCACUAGCUUAGUACUGCUGAUGAACCCCAAAUCCAGGGCAGUAUUUGACACAUCAAGCCAGACAGCAGCUGCCCUGUGGGUCAGGAGAGGCCCUUUGGCUGGCACCACCAAAGCUUAAAUCCCUGAAAGGAGGCUGGUAUCCACUGGAGCCACUUCAAAACUGGUUGUCCAGACAAAGCCACGAUUGACUUUGGGAGCUGGAUCCAACCAGCAGAGAAGAAACCGGGACAGUGUUAGAAGACUGGAAAAGAAAGCCGGGUAAAAAGAUGCAGCAGGUGGUGGUAUCAGAUGAGACUCCAGGACCAUCAAACCAGCUUUGUAUCCAUGAUACCAAGCUCCUGCAGGAAAGAGCUCUGCCAUCUCCUCAUUGUCCUGCCUUUGCCGAAGAUGGAAGCCAAGGAAACUUGCCAGGAGCAAAAAUCACACUGAUGAGCCAGCCUCAAGAGGCAGUGACAUUUGAGGAUGUAGCUGUGAACUUCAGUAAUGAGGAGUGGCAGUGUCUGACCCAUGCUCAAAGGCACCUCUAUAAAGAUGUGAUGUUGGAAAAUUAUGGGAACGUGGUAUCACUUGGAUUUCCAUUUCCUAAACCUCCUUUGAUCUCCCAUCUGGAGCAAGAGGCAGAGCUCCGUGUUCAGGAUCGACAGGACAGGGAGUUCCUGAGCUGCUCCUACCCAGUAUCAGCUGCCAAGACACGGCCUGAGAAUGAGAAGGCAAGUUCCGAACAGGCGGUUUUUGAAAAUGGAGAAGUCUGCUGGGUGAAAUUUAAAAGUCUCCUAAAAGUUGUUUCCCAGGAUCCAGAGAUUGGAGAAGUUUGUGUACAAGGUGUCAAAUUAGAGAAUCAGUGGGAAAUGCCUAUGAGGGAGAAACUGAGAGAAGAGAAAGAACGCUGUGAGAAAGUGACCUUCAAGAAAGGAAAGAACCAGAAGGUACUUAGAAAAAACUCAAAAUGUAUUCCAUAUAGAGUUCUUACAGAAAAGAAACUCCAUGAAUGUGCCAGGUGUGGCAAAAACUUCAGCUGGCAUUCUGACCUAAUUCUCCAUGAGCGAAUUCACUCUUGCAAGAAACCCUAUGUGUGUAAUGAGUGUGGGAAAGCAUUCAAGACCAAAAAUCAGCUUUCUAUGCACCAGAUAAUCCAUACAGGGGAGAAACCCUUUAACUGUAGCCAGUGUGGGAAGGCCUUCAACAGUAGAUCAGCCCUUUGCCGACAUAAAAAAACGCACAGUGGGGAGAAGCCUCACCAAUGCAGUGACUGUGGGAAGGCCUUCAAGACCAGGAACCGUCUCAGGAUGCAUCAGAUCAUCCACACUGGGGAGAAGCCUUAUGAGUGCAGUGGCUGUGGGAAGGCCUUUCAGUUUAAGCAUUCCCUUAUCAUCCAUGGCAGAAGCCACACUGGGGAGAAACCCUAUGAGUGUGAGGAAUGCGGGAAGGCCUUCAGCGGGAGUUCAGACCUCAUCAAACACACAAGAAUCCACACUGGGGAGCGACCUUAUGAGUGCAGUGAGUGUGGGAGGGCCUUCAGCCGGAGCUCAGACCGAAGCAAACACACAAGAAUCCACACUCAGGAGAAACACUGUGGGUGCCCUCAGUGUGGAAAAGCCUUCAGCAGCAAGGCAGAGCUCACCAAACAUAGAAGAAUCCACACUGAAGAGAAGCCUUACAAGUGUAAGGAGUGUGGGAAAGCCUUUCGUCAUAACUGUAAGCGCAGGGCUCAUGAACGAGAACACACUGGGGAGAAGCCCUAUCGAUGUGGGGAGUGUGGGAAAACUUUCCAGGAUCGGCACUGCCUUACCAUCCAUCAGAGAAUCCACACUGGAGAGAAACCGUAUAAAUGUUCAGAGUGUGGUAGAGCUUUCAGUGGGAAAUCAAACUUGACCAAUCAUCAAAGAAUCCACACCGGAGAGAAGCCUUACAGAUGUGAGGUGUGUGGAAAGGCCUUUCAUCAUAGUUCAGUCCUGAGGCAGCACAGAAGAAUCCACACUGGUGAGAAACCAUAUACCUGCAGUGAGUGUGGCACGUCUUUCCGUCAGAGCUCAGCUCUGAUUGGACACAAGCGAGUUCAUACUGGGGAGAAACCUUAUGAAUGUGAGGAGUGUGGAAAAGCUUUCAGAGUGAGCUCAAAUCUUACUGGACAUAAGAAAAGAAAACAUAGAGUGUGGGGAACCCACAAACUUGAUGAGAAUGGGAAAUCCCUCUCUCCAGUAACCGGUUCUCAGACCUUUUCAUUCAUCAAUAUUUUGACCACCAACACUUGAGGGUAGUGAUUCUGGUGUUUACACUUUCUCAUUUCUCCUUCUACUUCUUACACUGGUUCCUCUUGUCUCCUGUAUUGGUUCUUCCUGGUUCCCUGACCCCCUAAUUGUGAGACCCCACCAAGCCUUUGUCCUUGACCUUCCUAUUCAGUGUCUCUUCAGUGAGCACAUUCACUUCCAAGGCUUUGUCUAUCAAUAAUAGUGUUGUAAUAUUAAAUACUAGUGCUUGACACAUGCCAGGCAUUAUUCUUUACAAUUUUUAAUCAUUUAAUCCAUACAACAUCCCUAUGUGAUUAGGAAACUGAGGCAUAAAAAGAUGAAGAAACCUGCUGUGGAUCACUUAGCUAGUAAAUUCUGAACAAACGCCCACUGAAUGCUUAGACUUACCUGAGCAAUUUCCAUUAUCCUGCACCACAUCUCUUGGAUAUGAAGCUAUACCUCAGUUCAGCACAGAACAUUUUUUUAAUUGAUAAACACUGAUCAUCUUUAGCAAGUUUUGCUUUAACUUAAAGCCUGAAUGGUACUUCUCCUUAACGGAUCAGAAUUGCUGAGAUUCAGUGGGGGAACGGAGGCAGGGCAAGGGCAGAUUUUAAAAUUACAGAUAAGUAGAAGUCAGGUAUACACUGCUCAAGCAGCAGUGUACGUAUGGAAAAAGCAUGAAGCCUG